ACUCCGAGCGCGCGUGUGUACCCGUUGUUCUUGUGUGUCCUGCGAACGUCCAAAAAACGAAGUGAUUAUUGUUUUGUGAAAAUAAAACAGUCGUUUCUGGGUGAUUGAUAUAUCGUGAAUAUUGAACGUAAUAUAAGGUUGAAAAAUAGAGUCUUUUACAGACCGUCCAAGGACCAUUUCUCUAUAGCGCCAAGGAUCGAGUAUCUCAGACGGUAGACGACAAUCAGACGCGUAAAGCUGUACAAUAUUUCACGCUCUGCAGUCUAGCAUCGUUUCAUUAUCCACCCACAUACAUCUCCAUUAUGUCGGUAGAACAAGCAACCCAAUCCAGUGCUGAAGCCACUGAGAUCCGUUGCCAGGAAAAGUCGAAAGGCGGCCUGUGCUAUGAAGUAAUCCUGGCAGAGCCGGCAGUUAACGUGGCAUUGCCGAAGUUACCACCAACUCAGGGCAAGAAUGUGUCCGCCGAGGAGAUCGAAGAAAAGCUAAAGGCUGCGGAAGAACGCAGACUAUCUUUGGAGGCAAAGAAGAUGGCUGACUGGUCGGCAAAAAUGGCCAAAAUCGAGGAGGCUUCUCGCAAGAAAGAUGAGCUGGACAAAGAAUUUAAAACACAUGCCAAGGAGGUGCUGCACACCAAGAUGGAACAGUAUGAGGAAAAGCGGGAACAACAAAUUUCAGAAAUAAAGGAAAAACUAAAGACACACGCAGCCGAUAUUGAGAAGACGAGACAGAGUUUGGAGCAGCAAAAGGUCGAGGAGCUGCAAAAACAUCUCGAAGAUAAACUGCGAAAUGCUGCCACGCUUCGCGACGAUAACAUCAAGAAAAUUCUGGAUCGACUAAAGGAACACAACACCGAUAAGUUGAAUGAAGUCCGUGCAGCCUGCUACCAGACCGAAGCACAAAAGACCACCGAAAAGACGCGUGUCAUCGAAAACAAGCUGUCCACCGCCGAGCAAAAUCGUGAAAAGGAACUCCAGAAGAAAUUGGAAAACAUUCGCAAGCACGAACGACGUGCUGAAUUGGUUCGUCAAAAUAAGGCGGCUCUGGCUCAGAAGACAGAUGUUACGGCUUCGUCUGGUUAGGUGUAGACGACCGCGGCUUGGAUUAAUUUGAAAUAAUAGCAAAAAAACACACACCCACACCCGUACACAAUAUACGCUAAUACUAACAAAGAAGUAAAGAUUGCAUAAUUUAAGUAUCGCGCAAGCACAUGCAAAACAAAGGUCGCAAAAAUAUUCUAUAUUUUUAUUCCAGUUAUGUUUUAAUUAAUGAACCAAUACGAAUGUUUUAUGAAGUCUGCUGGUAGAAAGAAGCGUGUUUAAUUUACAAUUCUUAAUUUAAAAACAAAUACUAAUGCGAAUAUCCCCUUGCGAUGAAGGGCUGGCAACCGUUUGAAAAUGCCAAUGACCUGUUUUGAAAUGUAAACAAAAAUUAGUCAAUCGAGAACCAACCGAUCACGAUCAAUAACAUUAUCUAACACAGCAUAAACAAGAAGAACACAUAAAGCUGCUAAUGAAAACAUUGCAUUGCGCAUUGAACCAGUUAGAUAGUUAGAUUACGAACAUCAACUAGAAGAUCUACAACGAGUGGAGCUCAUGAAGCUGUGUUAAGAAUCCAAGACGACCAUAAUAUUGUUUGAUUAUUUAAAAAAUGUGUAGCUUUUUCGCGUAUGAAACUGCGCAUAUUAUCAUUGUCAUCUGAAGAUAGAUUCGAGAGCAAGGCAUGAGCCCCUCACAGUAACAAACAUCUCAAUCAGAAGCGCUCAUGAAAGCAAACGGUUCUAGUAAAAAUAAAUGAAAAAUGCGAUGAGUAAAACGAUGAAAAUAAAGUAUGAUGAAGCUCAACAAGCCGGCACAAACGAUGAGAAGACUAACUAGAGAUUUAUCGCGUACUGCCCUGCUGUGGCAAGUCCUUUCUAAAAGGCUCGAAGUUAAAUGUGAAACUGUGUUUGAAAGCAGAAGAGAAGAAAUAAUGAACCGGUAUCAUCAUCUCAGUUUAUCUGCCCAUGUCACAAAAGUUGUCACAAUGAGAAGCGCAAGUAACAUACAGAAUAACAGUGAAAAGAUGAUUAAUAACAUACUAACAGGAACUAGAAAUAGAGAUAAAAACAAUGAAGCAAAAUAAAUACACAACAUAAAAUGAAACAAAAUAUUUACCCUCUCCCAAUUUCUUUUCUCACUACAUAAAGAAACUGCUAUAGGAAAAAAGUAUGUAUGCAAAUAACAGAUAAACAUGUAUAGGGCAAUGUUUUAGCUGCACUGUGGGCAGCUUCAACACUUAUAAAGCGCAAAACAUAAGACAGUGUGGCGAUUGGAAGCUCGAAACCGGUAGAUAAGGAAUGGAAAAAGAUGGUUGGGAUGCUCAAAAGCAGUAUCUAAUACGCUCUGAACUUAUCAAUAACAGAGCCAAAAGGAAUUGAACGAAUGUGGUGUUUGCAUCGAUAACGCCCUGACAUCCAGCAGUGAAUCUGUGGAAUGGCAUGAGUUGAAAAGUGUAAGGAAUUUCGCUGUAACAGGCCAGGCACCAGCUAAAAUAAUGAUCGUGAAUAAUGGAAGCAUAAAGAAAAUAACAAGCACACAUAACAGUGCGUAUCAUAAAUGGUGCAUUGCGGCGUAGAAUAAAGGAAAAUAUCUAAUUGCAAAAAAUCGCAACCAAAACACAGGUGAACACAGCAGCAGCGAACUGCUACGCAAGACAAACGUAGAAAAUAUUAUGAAACACGGGAUACAACGCAACAGCAAGCAAAAAACGCAUUAUACAUAUAUCGCCUCUGUGCCGCUAUUUAUACAUUUAUUCUAUCAAAAAAGAAGUAACACGGAUGCAGUGGAAAGCAGUGGAAACAUCGCUCUAACGUGCGUGCAGGUCACAAACCCACGCGACAUAGGACACGACGACUAUCUGAGGUUUGAUUAUCCUUUGUACUCUCUUUCGAAUUCAAACAUGCGUUACAAGAAGGAAAGCAAAGAGGGAAGAGAAGGAAAUGCUAGUUUAUUAAAAAGAUAUAAGUACCCCCAUAUAUAAAAAUACAUAUAUUUACAAGUUUCUUUACGCUUUUGUGAGAGCAAGUGGUAUAAAAUAGGAAAAACAGGAAUGAAGUGGAGCUAAAAUGGUAGGCUUGUCGCUUGUGGGAAGGGUUAAGGAUAUUAACAUGUAAGGAAUGGGAAACGGUGCGUGUGCAAGUUAAUGAGCAUCGUAACGCUGAUAAGUGCUUUGCUAAAAGAAAUGAAAACACUGAAGUUAUAGGAAAAGAAGGAUUAGUUCACACAGGUUCACACCCAAAACUAGAUUUUGGUUUUGAACGCUUUGUGUGGCGAUCUCUUUUUACCUAGUCUUCGAGAAAAAGGCUGCUGCUUUUUGUAAAUGUUCUUACUUUUUUACGUUUACGUAACGUUUACGCUCCUGUUGCUCGCCGUUGCCGCUGGGUUAGCGCUGAUAAACACGAUACGGAACGGAACCAACGUUCGAUUGAGAAUCGCCUUUUGUGUAGUACCAUAAUCAGCGUAUAGAAGUGAUGGAGAAUGUGAAUGUGUGUGUGUGAUACAAGACCGUAUGAUCAAGGCGUUGUUCGAUCGAAAUUUAUCCUUCACGCUAGCAUCAAUAACGGCUGCUGCUUAUCAGAAAAGAGCAAAACGAAAGUUUGAAAUAAAAAAAAAAACAAACA